AUUGUGGUCCAGUCAGAUACAUUGUUCUACACGAUGGUGACACACUGAAGUAUAAGGAGAAGCUGGAGAACUGUACGUGAUGGAUAUAGGGACAUUCUCACUAUGGAUACGGAUUUGUUUCAUGAUUGUUUUAAUUCAUACCUCAGAAUGCCAGAACCGCCCCAAGUGCCCUAAGAGCUACUACUCGGCCACCGUGACGGAACCUGGCAAGAUAGGCAACACGGUGCUGCGCCUGAGCUGUAGUGACGUCGACAACAACGUCAUCACCUACAGCUGGGACAUCAACGGCGGCGGCAACUUCGACUCGCAGUUCGCCCUGAGCUCCGUCACGGGGGUGCUCACGUUGAACAAACUGGCGGACGCCGAGUACAAGUUGUCUGGCACCUCCAACUACGCCAGUCCAUACACAAUGCGGGUUCUGGUAAAAGACAAAGAUGGCACCACCGUGGUGACGGUGUUUGUGGUGAUCAAGUCCAUCAACGACAACACACCAUUCAUCGUCCUGCCGUCCAGCAAACUGACCGUUUCCGAGAGCACCAAGCUGGGCACCGUGCUGACCUCAUGCACCCUGGAUGACCUUGACCUGCCCGGCUCUGGACAUGACAUCCCAUAUGUCAAAAUUAUCGGUGAGUAUGUCUGA